AUGGCUUGUAAGGAUGCACUCACCAGUCCCUUCUUUGCUAACAUCAAUGAGAUGCUUCUUAGGCUGAACCAUCUCUACAAGAAAUCCCCUAAGGAGCUGACCAUGAUAGUUGAAGAGCUGAAGGAAGUGUACCAAUUCCGGAAAGGAGGUUCUCUACCUGUUCGUUGCCAGGGAACGCGAUGGAUCAGUUACAAGGGAAAAGCCCUGCAACGAGUGGUCGACCGGUUUGGGGCAUAUGAUCUAGCAGCUCUGAUAGAGGAUAGUACAGUCAAAAAGGUGCAGAAUCUAGAUGGCAAGAUGAGGGAACGGUUGGAGUGGACUGAUGUGAAGCUGCUGCGAGCAAUCCCGGUUUUUCUGGAUACCUGCAGUUGGGCUGCUCGAGGAGAAAUGACGGAUGAUUAUAUGGCUGAGAUCAGAGCAGCAGUGGAGCACAUUGUCACAGUCUUCCAGGAGCCACUGGAGGCAAAAUGGGCACAUGAUGAACUCGAGGAAGUGGUACACUUUUGCAGGAGGUACUAG